UGCUGUCAACGUGCAGUUCGAAAAUCAGCGCUUCCCAACCCUUUAAAUGUUUAAACAUCUUUUUAAAGUAAUCACGUAUAGUUUCUGUUAAUUUGAAAAUCAGUAAUUUUCAAAUUAAUAUAAAUUUAAAUAUUCCAAUAAUUGAAAACACUACAAAUUUAUAUUCGUACCUUAUGUUGUAGAUUGAGAAGCACUGGUAUCGAAAAAACGUUGCCUACUCUGUAUUUAGGACUUGUCAAACAUAUAAAAGCGAGCCGCGUAAAUCACCGUAACAAACUUACGAAGAAGCACCAUCAGGCAGGCUAUUACACCGUUUUACUAAAAGUGUGAAAUAAAAACGUUUGGAAAUGGAGGAUUACAUCGAUCUGUCCCGUGAUGGAGGCGUGCAGAAGCGCAUCCUGCAGGAAGGAACUGGCGACGAGACGCCAUCGAAAGGAUGUUCCGUUUCGCUGCAUUACACCGGCACACUUGACGCAGAUGGGAAGCAGUUCGACUCAAGCCGGGACAGAAAUGAACCGUUCCAGUUCAAGCUUGGGAUCGGUGCGGUCAUCAAAGCUUUCGAUAUUGGCGUUGCAUCAAUGAAACAGGGCGAAAAGUGCAUCCUGCGUUGUGCGCCCAAGUAUGCAUAUGGCAAAUCCGGCAGCCCACCGAACAUCCCGCCGAACGCGACGCUAAACUUUGAGCUCGAAAUAUUGGGUUGGAAGGGUGCAGACCUUAGCCCCAAAGAGGACGGUGGCAUUGAACGAUUCAUGGUGCGGUCUGGCACCACCCGAGACUGUCCGAAGAGUGGAGACCUGGUAAAGAUUCAUCUUGUUGGUCGCCACGAGGGCCGCGUGUUCGAGGAGCGAGACGUGGAGUUUUGUAUGGACGAGGGUAAAGAGUUUGGUGUAGUGUCAGGCGUCGAAGUGGCACUGGAGCAUUUUAACAGAGCGGAAACGAGCCGAUUGGUUUUGAAACCGCUUUAUGCAUUUGGGGCCGAAGGAAACAGCGAGCUCGGUGUACCGCCGAACGCAACAGUCGAGUACACGGUCACAUUGAGCGAUGUCGAACACCUCGCGGAUCUGUCAAUGAUGUCGCAAGAUGAAUCGAUAGCUCAGGCUCAGCUGAUGCGCGAGAAGGCCACCAAGUACCUGAAGGAAGAUAAACACGAGCUGGCACUAAAGCUAUACAACAGUGCGCUAACAUACUUGAGUAUCCGAUCCAAGGAAGCAGAUGCGGUGAAAUUGGCCAUCUAUCUGAAUAAGAUUUUGUGCCACCAAAAGAUGCACAAUCACGACGAAGCAAAGCUUGCGUGCGUUGAGGCACUACAAAUAGACAGCAAAAGCGUAAAGGCACUGUACAGGCAAGGCAUGUCUAAUUUGGCAUUGGAAGACUUAGAUAGAGCCCUUAGGGAUUUCUCUGCUGUUUUGGAAAUUGAACCGGAAAACAAAGCCGCUCUUAAUCAGGUGUCGAUUUGCAAGCACAAGAUUAAAGCUUACAACGAUCAGCAGAAGAAAGUGUUUGCAAACAUGUUUACGAAGUUUGCUCAGAGUGACUCCAAGUAAAUAUACUUAAAUAAUGCUGUAUCCUCUUGGGCAGCAGGACGUUCCUAACAAGAAUCAGUCCAUUUAUUGAAGAAAAAAACAUUGGGAGGGCAAACAUUUAAACACAAACUUACACCUCCCACGACUGAUAAGAGUAACCUUUUAUUCAAUACACAUCCCAAAACAUCCUUUCGAAUUCUCCAUUCAUUGCUACACUGUGUCCCGUCAACGAACGUACCGAUGCCAUACCGAUUCGGAUUGGGUGCGCCUUGAUUUGUUGGAAUGCUUGCCGCAACAGAAAGCACAGGAGGAACAAAGCCGCCAGCCAGAUGUGAUGAAGCAAAAGUUUGGCGAGUGGGGUGACGACGAACGCGAACACGAACCGACACGCUUCGAGCAGGAAAAUCCGGACGUCAUCAUGCUGAACGAUUUGCACAAACAG